UAAAAAAGCAAAGUCUUUGUUCUAAGUGUCACACUUACUUUGUUCUUUAUCUGUGAAAGUAGACGAGGCCUCUUGGAUCACUUCCCUUCAAAACCAUACAUGCGCACGCACGUAAACAUGAUGAUACCAUACUCUGACAGGAAACAGCCUCUAAAAUGGAAAGCGGCUGUUAGCUGAAUGUGAUGAGAACAGUGAAGAAGAAGAUGGCUUCUGCUGCCACCAUCGCUGUGUUUCUGCUCUGCUGCUUCAUCACUGCCUCCACAGGCUCUCAGGAUGAUUGUGUGUACGCUGCAACAGGAUCAAGCUUUACUGUGCCACUUAGAUAUAAGUUGAAGGAAUCAGAUCACCUGAAAUGGAUCAAGGACACAAGCGUAAUCUUUAAUCGCAGACAGAAACAGGUGAUCAUGGGGAAAAAUGAUGAUGUUGAUUCAACUGGAUCACUAAAGCUGACAAAACUGACCAAAGACAAGUCAGGACGAUACAGAGCAGAGGUUUACACAGAUGGAAUAAAUGUGGGGGGAAACUUACCAAGUGUGCAUUUGUGUGUAUUAGACCGUGUGCAGAAGCCCAAUGUGACGAUGACGUGUACAGGCAAUAAGACAAGAGUCAGUUUUACUUGCAGUGUUGGUCAGAAUGAGAAGAUUGAAUGGUUUAAGGAUGGUAAACAGUUGGCAGAAAAAGACAAGACGGUGACGAGAGUAGCCAAAGACGUGGCAAACUCCCAUUUCUCUUGCAAUGUUUCUAACACCAUCGGCUCUGAGAUCAGUCUGCCUGUUCAACAAAUCUGCUAUAAGCCUGUUUUCUCUGAAACAAUAUUUGGAAUUAGCAUCUGGGUUUUAGUGGGUGGUGGAGCAGGUAUUGUUCUGAUUUUGAUCCUAAUUGCCAUCGUUUGUUGUAUCCGGAUCAGACGAAAAAAGCAUGUGCGACUAAACGGUGAGAUUUUAUUUUUAUUUUUUUAGUCAUUUUAAAACCACUGCAUAUAAUCUGUUAGUUACUUAAGAAGCUUCAUUUCAGUCUAAACUUCUGAAAGGUUACCUGUGGAGCUCCCCAAGGUGCAGUGCUAGGACCACUAUAUUUAUAUUUAGACUUAAGUUAAUGUAAUGGUAGCAGGUUAAAGACAUUUCAAACUGCAGAUGACUCAAAUAUAUUUUGAAAAUAUUGUUAAAUUAUGGACGAGGCAUCUAAACCUGAUCUUUCAAAAAAGCCAUGCUGCAAAUGGAAGCAAUGCUCUUACUUAUUUAAGAUGAUAACACUUAACUAGAGCCUUUUUUAAAAUUUUACUGACAUAAUGAUUGAGCGGCCUAAAACUGCAGGGUCACAUACAGUCUGAUCCAAACUCCACAUGAACCAUGU